AUGCGGCCUGAAUACCAAACGCAAAUCCAUGCCAACUGUAGCAAAAAAAUUGAAGCGAUUGUGAGGAAGGCUCCGAAGACAAAGGAUCCUGAAGCUGAGAAUGAGCCAUUGACACCUUGUCCUUAUUGCAAAAAUAAAUUACCUGAGACAAAAGUCAUGUGUGACAAAUGCAAGAGCACCAUACCUUUUUGCAUUGCUACGGGUCGUCACCUUCUCAAAGAAGACUUUACAUUUUGUCCACAAUAUGAGUUUCCCAAAAUCGCAACUGAGUUCCUGCGAAUCAUCGAAAGUGAAGAAGUUUGUCCAAUGUGUACGGAACAUGUGGAUCCAAAUAUGGUAUCAUCGAGCAUCAACAUUCAUUCAUUCCUCGAUGCACAAGAUACCAAUGUUUAAAAGGUUUAGAGUUUGUUUCAAACAAAGUGCGCUCACAUCUGGAAUAACUGUGCGAAUUGUUGCCAUAGCUCACUAUUUUUCCAUGAAUCAUACCUUAGUCUUAGACCAAACAGUUAGUACGUGGUAGGGAGUACAAUCUGUGGCAUAUACGGUUUAGAUAUUCUGAACAGAUGCUGAUCGAUCGAAUCAAAGAUGAUACAUAGUAAUAAUUAUUGAAUUCCACUCAAUCCUUCCUUUGAUAAUUUUUGAUAACGAAAACCUGAUAUAUUCAGCCAUCGAGCAGAAGAAUCGUCUCAUUCAAUCGUCAGGUGUUUAUACUUGGUGACUCUCAGAAAACUGCUCAAUUCUCAUGAUGAGUAUCUCCGAGGAGGAUACCUUGACAAUUAAAGUUGAAAUGCAAAGAUCAGUUUACCUAUAACAUACUGUAAAAAAUUAAAAUAGUGCGUUUGACGUUAGGUAUAGCUGAAUUUGUUGAUUGAAUUAAGUGAUUUGUCAAAUUAAUCAAGUUGCCGCUAGUUCAGUACUUAGAAUAGCUAAUAAAUUUGAUUAUCUCGAUUACUUUCGGUUGUAAUUCAAUUUCAGAGUGUCAGAAUGAUGUUUUGAUGCUCAAAAAAUACAGUAGAAUACUACACAGUUCAAUUUU